UCUGGCGGCUCCGCUCCUUCUUCCCAUCGGCCUCGGCUUGCGGGCCUUUCAAACAUGGAGGAGCGGGAGCGGGGGGCGAGGUCGGCUCUCGCCGGGAGCCCCGCGCGCCCGCCCAGCCCGCGGCUGGAUGUCAGCUCUGACAGCUUCGACCCUUUGCUGGCCCUGUACGCGCCCCGCCUGCCGCCCAUCCCCUACCCCAACGCACCCUGCUUCAACAACCUGGCCGAGUACGAGAGCUUCCUCAGGACCGGGGUUCGGGGCGGCGGGCGCGGGCGGGCGCGGGGUGCGGCCGCGGGCUCAAGGGUCCCCGUCGCCGGGCUCUCAGCCAGAACCCGUCGUCGCCAGGACGCCCCCGCUCCAGACCCUGAGCGAAUCCAGCGCCUCCGCCGCCUCAUGGUGGCCAAGGAGGAAGGGGACGGGGCCGCCGGGACGCGCCGGCGGGGUCCGGGUCGGAGCAGGAAGGCGCCGCGCAACGUGCUCACGCGAAUGCCCUUGCAUGAAGGCAGCCCUCUGGGUGAGCUCCAUCGUUGUAUCCGGGAGGGAGUGAAGGUGAAUGUUCACAUCCGCACUUUCAAGGGGCUUCGGGGCGUCUGUACAGGCUUUCUCGUCGCAUUUGACAAGUUCUGGAAUAUGGCACUUACUGAUGUGGAUGAGACCUACCGAAAACCUGUUCUAGGCAAAGCGUAUGAGCGGGAUUCUUCAUUGACUCUCACUAGGCUGUUUGAUCGUCUAAAACUUCAAGAUUCCUCCAGAAAGGAAGCAGAUUCUAAGUCUGCAGUUGAAGACUCCACUCUGUCCAGAUAUUCCCAGACAUCUACUUGGAAGAUGGCUUCAGUGUGGGGAAGAGAAGAUACUGACCGGGGCUCACGCAGGCGCUCCCGCUCCGUCCCUUCUUCCCUGCAGGCGUCUGCAAGGGAGGAGUCCAGGUCAGAGAUGUCAGGGAGGACUACACGGACAGAAGGGUCAAGUGCAGGAGGUACCUUUUCCAGGGCUACCACCCUUUCCAGGGGCCAGCCCCGUAAGAAAAAGCGAAAGCCCAAAGUGGAUUACCAGCAGGUAUUCACUCGACACAUAAAUCAGAUUUUCAUUAGAGGCGAGAAUGUCCUCCUGGUUCAUCUUGCACAGUGACCAGCUUGGCCUCACUGGAGCUUUGGUUUUUAGAAAUAAAAUGCAUGAAUUGCUGCUAUGCUGUAUAAUAGUAUCCCAGUGAAACUCUGAGUUGGAAUGAUUCCCUCUGGUCCUGCAUGUGCAGAGCAUAGAGCCAAGCUCCAGCCCUCUGGAAGAUGAGCUCCCUCAAGGGGACACAGGCCUUAGGAGGGUGGGUAUUUGCAUUAAUAUCAAGUCAGAAGCUGUACAGAGGAAACAACAUGCAUCUUAUUUGGUGUCAUGCUCGAGUUUAGACACUCAAACCAAAUAUCAAAUCUUCAUUUGAAUUAGGGGUCAUGGUAUGAAUUAAAUUCAUCCCACAGAUACUAAAAGGAUGGGAGGGAAAAAACACCUCAAAAAAUGAUUUCAUUUCUAAAAGCUAGUGCCUAAGUACUCAUGAAUUUGAUUCUAAGAGUAGUAAUAUAAAUUUCCCUGUAGUCUUGUACCCCCAACUUGUAACUGACCUUGGAAUUUUGCUCUACACCAUUCUCUUUUGAUCAAGAAAUGUAAUUUAUUACCUUUGAAAAUCUAUAAAACUAAGAAAGCUACCACCUUAUGGAAGAGUAAAAUUUGGAUAGCUGGUAUGCUCAAAGCAACCAACAAUGAAUAUUCUCUUUUUACCCCUCUCAUUAUUUAAAGGGAUACAGGACUUCAGCAGUCUUCCCCACUUAGUAGAGGUAGCUUCUGAGAAUGGCAAGCCAGAUGGGACUAGAAGAUGCUCACGAGGUGGCUUCUUGUCCUUCUCUCACUUCUAUGGCAUGGUGCUAGUGCAUGUACCCAGUGUAUUGCCCUUCUGUAUAUGUAGUGUGAACUGUUCCAUGAGCUUUAUGGCAGGUGACUAUGACCUUCAUAUCUGGCUUCAAAGAGUUCUGCAGGAACUCAGUAGUACGUAUGUAUCACAUGGUUGAGAGUUCCCUUUCCGGUUAGGGCUGGCCUGUGUAGACUAACUUUCAGAAUGGUAUUUCCAUGAAACAGGAAUGGUAGUUUUAUUCCCUGGUGUCAUGCCGAAGAGGUUCUUACAGAGUACAGUGGGUGGCAUCUCUAAGGGACACUUUACUCACAGCCUGGCUUGAGUAAUGAGAACACUGUAGCACCCUCUGAUACUUCUACUUGAAUCAUAAUAUAUGCUUUUUCAAUCACUAGUACAGAAUAGGCUACAUCUAGACACAGACUGUUAGGCAAUAUUGAUUUUUUGUUUUGCUUAUAUUUGGUUUUAUUUUAGAAUAACUUAUGUUCAAAGUGGGAAUAAGAAAUAGCUAACUAGGGCGCCUGAGUGGCUUAGUUGUUGAGCGUCUGCCUUCGGCCUGGGUCAUGAUCCCAGGUUCCUGAGAUCGA